UAACUGAUCUGUCUCUUCUAAUUCCAAUGCAUUGUGCAACUUAUAUAUAUUAUUGACGAUCAUAGAUGUUUUAUUAGGACGUAGAUAAAGGCGUUCAUCAUAGAGAUUCCAUGUGUCAAAGUUAUUAAUUCUCUCAAGUGUUUGAGAUUUUCGUGUUUUAUCAAUCAAUUUGAGUAACGCGUCUUUUAUCCUGUUUUGACAGAUUAUUAUGUCUUCCAUGUUAUCGCUACUUUGGAAAUGGUGAUUAAUUUGCAUUCCAAUAUUCAUCCAAUGACGCAGUCUAUUUAUCUAAAUACACAAGCAAACGAGAAAAAAUAAAUUAGGAAAGUAUACGACGAAACAAAAAUAAAUUAAAUAAAUUGCUUACAUAUUGCAGAUCGUCUAUGGUAAUCUCGGCAUCGAACUGAAGCUCUAUGUCGUGUUCUGGGAAUAGACUUCUCUUGGUGGUAGGAUUAAAUCCAAGUCCGCACAACGCGCCAAUGUAAUAUGUACCAAAAGUGUUACGUCUUAGUUCCAUACAAGGUGUAAAUAUCAGUAUGAUUAACGCAGUUAAGCCAGAAAGACGUGGCAUUAACGUUGUGUUGUACAAAUUUAAACUGCUGCCGUACGCAUUCUGGGACACGGAUCCAGCUACAAAAAGCCAUUGAUGACAAUCUUCCGGGUCGGUAUCAAGAAGAACGGAGUUUACAGAAUUUGUGGCCAUGUGUACUCUCUUAUCUCUGCCAGCCAUAGUAAGGUGUUUCAUUUCUAUUUCUAGGGGUGAGAAAGGCCCCCGCAAAGUCACCUUUGUGAAACAUUCUGAGUCGCUUGGUGAUUCUGGAUAAAUGUCUGGCAUGUAAUCUUCAUUGUACUGUAAUUGCUCGUAAUGAUAACACUGUUCGUCCGACAUGUCCGCCUGUUUCAGUCUUAAAUCAUGAUUAAAACGUGAAAAGUAGCCUUCUGCUUGUUCAAUUGCAAACCCUUUAUCCAACAGUGAUUGAUUGAUACUAAUUUCCUCAUCGUUAUGUUUAAGUAUUAGCUCCAGUGCAAUAACACCGUUAACAAUAGAAUAAAUUUCACCGAACAAUAUACCGGGCUUAUUCACUAACAUCCAGAAAAAGUCACAAGCAGCCUCCGACCAAUUGUCAUUUAAAUUUUGCACUAUGGAUGGCUGGAUUUCCGCUAGAACGCAUUCCAUGGCUAAUGCAGGAAUAUUAGCAAUCUCGUCGACGUUCAAACGUUUUAAAUCACGUAGACGACAUUCGCUUGAAUAACCAUAAUCAAUGAAAAAUAUUUGUACCAAUAUUUCUGGUGAAGUUAUAUGCCCUUCAACUAUUGCUCGGAAAUAUGAUUUGUAAUUAUUUAUUUCGUACGGUGCAAUCACAAUUGUACCAGUUUCCGGAGCUGUAGUAAAAUGACCGAAAUGAUACAUAUUUCUUUCAAUAAUGAAUUUUAUUUUCUCUAUUUCCUUUCUCACUUUAGAGUCGCGCAUUUGCACCCAAAAUCGACCGGGAUUCUUAACCUGAAAAAAUUCAAGUUAUUAAUAUACAAUUAAUCGCACGGAACAUUAAGUUAGAAAUACUUUUAGAUUAUGUACAUAUUGUAUUAUAAUGGGAAUACGAUGCACUCGUAAACUCGGUAACCUUGGUCUCAUAUGAUCUUUAAUGAGGUUGUCGCAAGUGAAGAAGUCUUUUCUUUUUAAAUUCAUUUCCUCUGCCCGUUGAACAGCGAUAUCCUCAUUCAAAAUUGGUAUUUCUAACGGUAUAUUACACUGUCUUAUUCUGAUAGCUUUGUACACAAUUGGAGACACUUUUUUCGGCGUAUUAUUAUUGUGAUUUUCGUGUAAUUUGUCUUUUAUAAAUUGUAUAUAAAUUCGAGACGAAGCGUCGAAGGAUACUCUUAUUUUGCAAGCGGGAGAUUGCAAAGUAUUCUUUAAAACAUCUUGGAUUUUUCGAGCAUACAGAAGACCAGGUUGCCUUAGAGGCCAUCCUUGCAGAUAUACUGUUUUAGACGGAUCUAAACCGCCCAAUAAUUUUAUUCCGGCAUGUUCCUCAGCCUGUGCUUCUGAAACAUGUUUGAUAAAAUAGUUUGGAUAAAAUGCCCCUGCGAUCACAAAUUUUAGAACGAACGGUCGUUCCGCUUCUUUCCAAACUACUUUAUUCAAGCCUUCGCUUUCUCUUAUGCCUAGUUUCUCUAAUCUACUCGACAAUUCCGAAACCAAAGCUUUGACUUCGCGCAACACUCUGAUUUGCACAAAGUUUCUCAUUGCCCAUUUCUUCUCUGCAGCAUCGUUUCUUACUCGACGAUUUGCUUUCUCGCAGAUCCAUACUUUAUAGACAUUCAUAAAAGCUAUGCAAUCGCUGCAAGAAUUAUCUGCCCAACUGAGUCGAACAUUGUACGCCAACAAUUUUUGCUGAAAUGGACUGUUGAACAUAUCUUUUACUGUCAAACUGGCUGCAAUAAUGAUUGUAUCUUUCAAAACACUGUAGACAUGACCCAACAUUAUCAAUUUUGUUAUGUGAAUGUCCAGUGGGAGAUUAGCCAUGACUCUGCCAAGAUCUGUCAGUUCUCCAUUGAAAGUUUGUAUUUCAUUGGGCGUGUCGAUUAGUGCACCUGCUUCUUUCAAAAGCAGGAUCGUUCUUUCUAAAUUACUGAGAUCAGGGGGAUCCAGGGAAAGUGCUAAAAGAGCUUUUGGUUCUCCCAUGUCUAGUAGUUUUGCCUUAAGUACAAGAUUUGCGAGCGGAGCUCGCAAUAUCUCAGGAUGUAAUUCUUGAGGUAGUACAGAUUUAUAAAAUGCUUGCGGUACUAGUCUGUAUACUCGUCCUUCCAUUACUCGACCUGUGCGACCUGCUCUUUGUUCACAAUUCACCUUGCUUGCCCAUAUAAGGUCCAAAUAUUGAAAGUUCGUUUUUGGAUCAAUAACAAGUUGUUUUGUCAGACAAAAAUCAAUUACAUAUUUUACGUCGGGCACUGUGAUACUACUUUCAGCGAUAUUUGUAGAUAAAAUAACACGACGGUAACCGUGGGGUGGUUUGUGAAAGAUUCGUUGUUGUUCUUCAUUUGUAAUCGAUGAGUGUAAUACUACUAUAUCCCAUUUAGCUUCUUCGUGUUUCGGUAAUGACAAUAAAUUAUGUAAUUCUUCAAUUUCGUUAAUUCCUGGUAGAAAUACAAGAAUUACAUGUCUUAAAUAAACAUUUGUCUCUGCGUUGUAAGCUUCAUUUGCAUCGUCGGCUUUUAUAUCUAGAUCAUCAAGAAUUUUUAUAAGAUUCACACAAAAAUCCAGCAUUUUCUUUGUAAUCCUUGGAUCUGUGGCAGAAACUUCAGGUAACUACAACAAAGAAAAGUAUAAUAGACUAUGAAAACUAAAAUAGAUUAAUAUUGUAACUUAUUUUAUAUAUUUACCGGACCCAAUGCACCCAUUUGACAGAGAUAAUAUACAGCAAUGUUGAAGUAACUCUUCUUUGCAACAUCAAUAAUAGGAGCUGGUACAAGCUCGUUCCUUACAGGCGAUGAGAAGUAUUUAGCAAAUCUUUGUACCUCAAAUGUUGCGGACAUCAAAAUAACUUUUACUAAUCGUGAAUUGGUACGUAACAGUUUACGAACAACAAGUAAAAGAAAAUCCAUGUCUUGCUCCCUUUCGUGAACUUCAUCGAGUAUAAUAUGCGUAUAAUCCAACAUGUUUUUAGAAUUUAUUAAUUUAUGUAAUAGGACCCCAGUUGUACAAUAUGUUAAACGAGUAUCUUUACUUGUAUUAUUUAUCAAACCUACUUGGUAUCCAACAAGAGUACCUAUAGGCCAAUCUCUUUCUUUGCUAACUUGUUUUGCAAUACUUAUGGCAGCAAUACGUCUAGGCUGUGUAACUAUUAAACAUGUAACAUUGUAAAGAUUCUAUUUAAUUUAAUUUAUACAUUAAGAAAAAGAAGAAAAUUACCUAUAAUAUUACAAUGAAGUUUUUUCUUAUAACAUGAAUCUAAAAUAUACUGUGGUACCUGAGUCGUUUUACCACAACCAGUUGGUCCUUGAAUUGCUACAACAGAAUUUGUUUCAAUCAUAGACACUAUUUCAUCUUUCUUAGAAGUAAUCGUUAAUUUAAUAUUUGGAUGAUAAGCAAAAUCAUAUGUUUUGUAUAUUUUUAAUGUGUCCUCAUUGUUUGUUAUAUCUUGGAUGGCUUCCGUGCCAUGUGAUACAAUUUCAAAGUUGUUUUUAUCAUUCGUGUUGUAAUAAUUGGUCGACUAAAAAUGAAAAAAAUAUUAAGCAAAAUUGAAAAUAUUUUUUAAUAAUAACUUCCUGUACCUUUAAGAGUUCUUUUUCUUCUUUUUCUAUAUAUUCAGCUACAUAAUCUGUUCCACCACCUAUGCUCUUCAUUGUUACAUUUAAUUGUGCGUCUAAUAAAGACAUGUUUUUCGGUAAUUCUUUUCGGCUCGAAGGACCCACCAAUGUUUUUCUUUGAAAUGUGCCAUUUGGACCGAAUAUGUCCAGGACAUCCAUUUUUCGAUUAAUGUCUAAUAAAACAGUAAACAAUGUAUAUUUAUCUGUAAAUAACUUUCGAAUGUAAUAAGACAAGGAUUAUAAGCACUUGUUUUACUAUUUUUCUUUACAAAUUAUGCGCUCUUACCGUAUCAAACUGUAGCUUCCAUUUGAUUACAUGUGACACCUAAUGCUUUUGAUUAUUCAAAUCAAAACAAUCAAAAUAUUUCGAAACUAUCACACUAUUAAUACAUUUUUGUGAUUAAAAUAAACUAAUUCUCAUGUAUUUAUCUCAGUUGUUAAUAUUUCUUGGUAGAAUUACAAUUAUUUUAAUAUUUAGAAAAAUAUAUGUAAACAAUAUUUGGAAAUGAGGGUUCGUUUUUUAAAUGGUACGUUACUGCGAGACAAUAGCGGUACUUUCACAGAUUUGUGUUGGUCAACUGGAAGUUCAACAAGUAUUACAAGCGCGCGAUUGUUGCGUGUUCCAUAAAUUUUGGAAUUAUAUAUUUAAAAUAACGGUGUGUAGUUUUUUACGUUACUGUAUUUAUUAAUCAAUAUUUAGUCUAGUAUAAUCUAUAUGAUGAAAGUAUUAAAAUCACAUGAUAAAAUGAAGAAUAUAAAUAAUUCGGAAUGCUUGAAUAAAAUAAAAAACUUACCUACAAAUAAACAGCCAUUAUGGGAUGAGAAGGAUAAAAAGAUAGAAAGUAAAAAAGUUGAAAAUAUAAAUUGGUGGCUACUUUUUGGACUUAUUGUAAUACUCACUGGAGGAACAAGGUUUUACAAAGUAACGGAACCACAGCAUGUUUGUUGGGAUGAGACACAUUUUGGUAAAAUGGGAAGUUGGUAUAUAAAUAGAACAUUCUUUUUCGAUGUUCACCCACCCCUUGGAAAGGUUUAUCCGGAUAUUUAACUGGAUAUAAUGGAACAUUUGCUUUUGACAAGCCAGGAGAUAAAUAUGAAAAUGUAAAAUAUAUUGGUAUGAGGCUUUUUUGUACGUUCUUAGGUGCAACCACAGUUCCUCUAUCAUAUCUAAUUGUAUGGGAUUUAACAAAAUCUACUCAGGCAGCUGUAUUUUCUGCAUCAUUUAUUUUAUUUGAUGUUGGCUUGUUGACAUUAAAUCAAUACAUAUUAUUGGAUCCCAUACUAUUAUGUUUUAUGAUGUGUGCAACAUGGGGUAUGUCCCACAUGAGUUCUCUUCGCAAUGAACCAUUCACGUGGAAAUGGUGGGGUUGGCUAUCUUUUACAGGAAUUUCACUUGCAUGUACAAUUAGCGUAAAAUUUGUUGGUCUGUUUGCUGUCCUUUUGGUCGGGCUUCACACAGCCAUUGAAUUAUGGAAUGAAUUAGGAAAUCUUACAGAACCUAUUACUUAUGUAGGUAAACAUUUGGUGGCAAGAUGCAUUUGUCUUAUUCUUUUGCCAGUACUACUAUACAUGUUAUUCUUCUAUAUACAUCUUUCUGUUUUAAAUAAAAGUGGAAGUGGAGAUGGAUUUUAUAGUUCUGAAUUCCAGUCCUUAUUAGAAGGAAAUUCUUUAUACAAUGCAACAAUGCCAAGGCAAUUAGCUUAUGGGGCAAGUAUUACUUUAAAGAAUCACCGUACUGGAGGAGGAUAUUUGCAUUCUCAUUGGCAUCUUUAUCCUGAAAGUGUUGGAGCUAGGCAACAACAAAUCACGACAUAUUCGCAUAAAGAUGACAAUAAUAUGUGGUUAGUAAAAAGACUGGAUACUGAUGAUAUUCCAAAUGAACCGGUGCUUGUGAAGCAUGGUGACCUUAUUCGAUUAGAACAUGUUAUUACGCGUCGAAAUUUACAUUCGCAUAAAGAGUACGCGCCAUUAUCAAAGAAACACUAUCAAAUUACCGGUUACGGAGAAAAUGGUACCGGAGACGCAAACGAUGUAUGGAUAGUGUAUAUAGCAAAUGGUAAAAAUGGCGAUGUAGUUGAAACAGUAACGAGUAAAUUAAAAUUCGUGCACUAUCUACAGCACUGCGUUUUAACAUGUAGCGGGAAAACAUUGCCAAAAUGGGCGUACAGUCAGCAGGAAGUUUCUUGCAAUCCAAAUAUGAGAGAUAAGAAUGCGUUGUGGAAUAUUGAAGAUAACAAUUAUGCGAAGUUACCAAAUGUAAGUUUUCAAGUUUACGCGCCAGGAUUUUUAAAUAGAUUUUUAGAAUCGCACGCGGUGAUGCUGCAAGGAAAUUCAGAUUUAAAAGUAAAAGAAGGAGAAGUAUCUUCACGCCCAUGGCAAUGGCCCAUUAAUUACAGAGGUCAAUUCUUCUCGGGAAACAAUUUAAGAAUAUACUUACUCGGAAAUCCAAUCAUAUGGUGGGGCAACAUAGUAUUCUUAAUAUUAUUUAUCAUUUUGUAUGUUCAUGCUUGUGUACGACAGCAGCGUGGCUGUAUGGAUCAGCCCGCUUUACUUGAACAACGAAACAAAAUUGUAAAUGCAGGGAAAUGGCUAUUUCUUGGCUGGAUAUUGCAUUACGCGCCAUUUUGGACGAUGAGUAGGGUUUUAUAUUUUCAUCAUUACUUCCCUGCUUUGUUAUAUAGUUCAAUGUUAAGUGGAAUAACUCUGAACUACAUAAUAGAGACUUUACUCAUUAUGUUUCCAAACAAAGUGGGAUACGUGAUCUAUCACGUAAUAUUAGGUACUGUGAUUUCAAGUACUGCAUACAGUUUCUAUUUGUUUUCACCAUUGGCGUACGGUAUGGUUGGCCCAUCUGCCCAUGAUCCCGAAAGUCCAAUGCACUCCUUAAAGUGGAUGGACACUUGGGAAUUUUAACGAAACCUGUUUCGAAACAACUAACACCGACUAAUAUUUAGACGCUUGAAUUAAUUCAUCUGUAUCCAAGUUGUCGAACCCUGGAGAAAAAUGAGACUUGUAUAUAGGAACAAAUUUUUUAUACAUUCACAAAUAUAAUAUAU